AUGCUGCUCACCCACACGCCGCUUCCGAAGGGCUCCUCGGCGUUCUCGUCUGUGCACGUCGUGUCGGCCGCGAGCGGGCCCGCGCGGGCCACCACGGAGAUCCUUCGCGAGUCAGCAAGCAAGCUCAGGGGGGGCGUGUGGACCUACGAGUGGCCACAGCUGGAGGCCGGCGACGUGGUGGGCGAGUACGAAGCCUUCUUCCGCAUCACUUCUGAGCUCGUCCUCAACGGUGCCGACAGGUCCAGCCUGCUGGUGUUCGUCGCAAGCGCAGGCGACAGCUGCGAGCUCGCGACGGCGACCAUCCUGGCAAUGCUGCCGUUUCGCGGCGUGCAAGUGGCAUUCGUGACACCACGGCUCGGCUACGUGAACCCGCUUGGCAAGCUGACCACGGCGUCAGGAUUGUUCGAGUACGACGCCAGGCAGCCCGAGCGUAUGGGUCGCUGCCCCGUGGCGGCCAUGUUCGGCCCGCUCGAUGAUCGGUCCUUCCGCUGCGCGCUGAAGCCGUGGCGCCCAUUGAAGCCAGACGUCGUCGCCGAGGAGAAGCCGGCCCCAUUCAAGAUCGGGGCGCUGGAGCUGCCCAUGGUCACGUUCGAGGGCCAAUACGCGGCCGGAGUGGACCGGCUCGCCUCGCUGCUCGAGGGCCACUUUGGCACCUCGAUGUUCCCUGUCGUUGCUGUGGGAGAGACCGUCGACGCGCUCGGCUACGGCUCCGACGUCCUGAGCGCCCUGGAGCACCGCGGCUGCUCUGGCCACUACUUCGCUCACUCCUCCGGCGAGAGCAACAAGACGCCUGAGGCGUAUGGCAGCCCCGAGCUCCUGAGGGCGAUCGCCGCUGCGAAGGGCGCCGAGAAGCGCGUGGUUGUCAUCGCCGUGGGCGGAGGCGUGAACGGCAACACGAUGGGGACCGUUGCAGCCAUGAUCGGAGCAGAGUUCGUGGAGGUGCCUACGACGCUGAUGCACUACAACGAUGCUACGACGUCGGCCAAGAAGGCUUUCAGCCUUGUGAGGGACGGCCAGAUCCUGUCCAAGAACAUUUUAGGCACCUUCUACCUACCCCAGUUGGUGUACUGCAUCAGCGAGACCUUCCUCACGCUUUGUUCCAGCAGCGUGCACGCAGCCGUGGGUGAGGCCACCAAGACAAUGAGCAUGCUUGGCAACACCACGUCGACCACAGGGCAGCAAAGCUUCUCCAACAUCUUGGGCGGUGUUGAGUUCGCGAGCGACUUCACGCGCAUCAUGACCGGUGUCGAGGGCUUCGAGCACCUGAUCAAAUUUAUCCGCGACUCCCGAGGGCUCAAGGACGAGGUGCUCGGACUGGGCCGGUUGAUCGCCGAGGCCAGGUCCUCGACGCUUCCAGACGCGGAGGUGGCGCGUCUCGCCGCACGGCGCGAAGAGGCGCUGGCCGAGCUCCGCGCACGCUUCCACGGUGGCCUCUCGGCAGGGAGCCGGGAGAGCAUCAUGUCCUUCCUGACCGUGAUCAACGAGGAGAUCAUCCGCGCCAAAGCUAUGUUCCUUGCGUACUCCGACCCCUUCGAGAAGUACCGCGCGCUGCUCUUCGAGUACGCCCACACCCUCGGCCACGGCAUCGAGGCAGUGAUGAACGGGCUGUACCGCAGGGCGGAGGCACUGAACAUGGACUACGAGGAUGCCUUCCGCCUGCACGGCCAGUGCGUGGGCAUGUCCGUGGUCCUGGCGGGCGAGAUGUCCCGACGGCUGGGCCACCUGCAGGGGGACGGCUUCGUCGCUCACCAGUCGCUGGUGUACCUGUUCAACGGCUUCGGGGGCUACGAUUUCGCGCCUCUGCGUCGGCUCUGCGACAAGCUCGGCGUCAGCCGGGAGGAGUUCUGCGAGGGCGUGCUGAAGGUGGUCCGGCGCGACAACAAGCGCGGCUACUGCAAGUGUGCCCCAGGCUGCAGCGUCGACCAGCUCGUGCAGGGCAGGCCGGGGUCCCUCCUGCGCAGCGAGGAUCCCAGCGCCGAGCUCCGCUACCUGGUGGAGGUCAGAGUCGCAGCGCGACGUGCUCAUGGACGCCUUCGAGGGCCACUUCGACAACGUCCUCGUGGCGCAGGGGCCCGGCCAGCUGUCGCACGUCCCCCGCGCGCAGGCCCCGGAGCGCGACGCCGCGUACGCGGCAGAGGAGCUCCGGGUGCUCCUGCGGGCUCUCGAGGACGGCAGCCUGGGCCCGCACGCCACGACCGCGGGGGAGGCCGCGGCCCUGGGCGCGGGCUCCCCGGGCGAGGGCCGCUCGGGCAGGAGCGCGUUCCGGAAGGUGUCCUCCUCGGGGGCGAUGUCCAAGAAGCAGUCGAGCGUGUCCCUGCCCACCACGGCCCCCGACGGCGUGACCCUGGCAGCGAGCAGCCUCGCGCCGCCCUCCGACCCCAGCGAGUACCAGCCCUCCAGCGGCACCGCGCCGCGCCUGCGCGACGUCGAGCAGGCCUCCGGCGGCUCGGGCAGGAAGCGCCGGGAGCUCGGCGAGUUGCCUGGGGCGGAGGGUCCGGCGAGCUUGGUCAGCGCGGAGUGGGACCUGGCCUGAGCCCGUGGAGAUUUGCGGGCUGGGCCCCCGAGGCGGUGAGGCCCCUGAGUGGUGAGGCGAGUGCGGCUGCUUUGUCUUGCCCCAGCACUCUUCCCUCGGGCAGGUGCGGCGAGUUUCUCAUGUACCCACCCUCCUGGUCGAUGUAUCGGCCUGGCUGGUCGGGAGGUCUUCUGCUCCGGUAG